UCAUCUCAAUUUUAAUCCCAAUUUCUUUCCUUCUUUCUUUCUUCUAUUUUUUUUUUUUUUCUUCGAGUGUGUGCUUUCGACAUCCAUCGCAAGUGAAUAAAAAGAGAAACAGAGAGAGAAUCUCGAUAGCGGGAUGACUCGAAAAAAAUGUGCGUCGUACCGAUGUGGCUGACGAGGCUGAAAUCAAGCCUCGCUUGUUCCACGGUAGGUCUUAGAGGAUGCACAAGCUAGCCAAGGGCCUGAAGAAGAAGAAAAAGCAGAAGAAGGGUAAGAAGGGGGCGGAGGAGGACGAGUUCGACCCGGAGGAGCUCGAGCGUUAUAGGCGCGAGCGGGCGGAGGCCCAGCAGAAAGCCGAGGAUUCCGGCGAGCAGGCCAGCAACGCUUCCUCCGACGAGUGGAAGAAGUUCGAGGCGUUGACCGCCGGCGUCGACUCGAUCCUCAAGAAGACACAGGGCGAUCUCGACCGCAUCAAGUCGACCUCGUUCUUCCAACGGAAGCCCCCCCUAGACGAGGAGAGGAGGAAGGAGGGGGAGGAGGGGGAGGAGGCGGAGAAGGAAGAGGAUCACAAAAAGAAGAAGAAGUCUUCCUCCUCGAAGAAGUGGGUGGGCUUCGACGAGGAGGGGAAUCCUAUCGAGGGGGAGCCCCCCGACUUCGUAGACGUCCCCGACGACGAGGAUGGCCACGAGGACUCGGCCGACGAGGACAUCUUCGACACGACUUACGUCGACGUCCUCCAGAAUAUCGACGUCCAACUAGCUUACAUCCCGGACAGCCCCGUCGAGGAGGAAACCGGAGACGACCCGUUCGACACCACAAACGCGGACAAGGUUCUUAAAACGGUCGACAAGAAGGGGAACAAAUUGGUCAGCCUAGGGAACGCGGUCGAGGUGCUCUCGGGAAGGAUCGAUUACGUGAGCUCGUGCAAGAUCUCGAGGGGCAGACGACCCAGGCUCCAGCAAGACUUGUUGGAUUACCUGCCCGGCGAGGAGGAACAGGAGGAGGAGGCGGCCGAUGUAGAUCCGUUCGACACGAGCUUCGUGGCCAAGGUAGCGCCAGGUAAGACCGAGCUCAAGUUGAUCGAAUCGGAAUUGUUGAGGCAACAAGAUCAUUCGCCGUCUACGAGGCUGCCUCACAGCUUGAGCGACCACGAGUUCGAUCCGCGUGCCGAGGGAGAACCUGUCAGAAGGCAGAGCGAUUUCACGAUAAGGCCGAACGAUCUCAGGAUAAAUGAAUUGCAAAAUUCGGUGUUGAGGAAGUUUGAGGAGGUGAAUAAGAGAGGGGAAUUGGUGGAAAAGAGGCAGGAGAGUCUGUUGGACGAGAGGAUCGAGGUGGACGCGAAGCCUCUCACGCCCAGGAUCGAGACGAGGACCAUCGAGGAGGACGAGGAGAUCUCCUACCAGGAUCCAUUCGACACCUCGAUCGCAACGAAUAUUCUUCCCGGCAAGGCGGAGCUGAAGAUUCUCGAGACCGAGUUGGAACAGAUCCCUGCCGAGAUACCCAUCGCUCGCCCCGUUCCGAUCGCUCUCACGGCCGUGAUCAACACAACGGUUAUUCCAGAAGUCGAUCCCGACUUCGAUCCCAGAGCGGAGGAGAGGAAGGAUUUCUUGUGCAUCGACGACCAAGAUCCCGGUGCGAAGGUGUUGACCCCUUUGCAGAACGAGAGCUUUCCUUUGGGGGAGGACGUGGAUCCGUUCGACACGAGUUUCGCAAGUCUGGGGCCGGGCAAGACCGAGCUCAAACUACUCGAGCCCCCUCCCCCCAGGCCACAACCUCCUGCACCUCCUAAGAACACCAAAGAUUUGAUCCUGUCCGUGACCGGUGCGAUGGAUGCUACUUCGAAUCAUCUUCUGGAUCGUCUACAAGCAACCAGAACGCCCAGCCCAACUUUGAUGCACUCUCCGUCUCCCACACCGGAACACAGUUUCGCAGAUUUCUUAGACGUCGACUCGAACGUUCCCGACUUGAUGUCGGACGACAACAGCAAAGCGGUCGAGCCACCGAAGAAUCGGGACAUAUUGGAUUUGUUCGACGCCCCCAACACGGACACGACAACUACGACCAUAUUCUCCUCCUCUACGAUCGCCGAGGACAGUUCGGGAACAGGGGUGACUCUGAUCAGCGCCACGACCCAGGACAAUCCAUUCGUCAGUAUCACGGAACAGCAACCGUCUCCUGUUCAACAGGCGGAUGAGUUUCAGGAAACGGUGUCCGUGGCCAGCGAGAAGAGACCCUCGGUCUCGUCCACGACGGGUGCCGUGGGAAGCGAUACCGAGAGGGUCGACAUGGAUCUCGCCGGGGAAACGUUGCGAUCAUCGAGCACGGGCAACGAAUUAUUUUCGACCACGGAACAAUUGUCCACGUCCGUGACCGAGUCCACGUUCUUCUCCGUCGCGGACACCGUGAUCGCGCCAUUUUCCACGCCCAUGCAAAUGUCCGCCGCGCAAUCCUUGUUCACGACCUCGGAGAUCAGCCUGCCAUCUAGCGGACCUUUCGCUUCCGACUUGCUCGGCGACUUCGGCGAGCCUACCAAUACCGGUGGCGCCAGGUCGACCAGCCCGAUCCCUGGUGCCGAAUUCCCUACCAGCGAGGCGUACAAGCCAGAAGAACAGUUGGACAAUCUCGCAGCUACUACGCAGCAGAAAACAGCAGAGAGCGGCGGGGAUGCUUUCGAUAUUUUUGCCUCGAAGUUUGACAAGGCUGCGGAACAGGAAACCAACGCCGGAGAUCCUUUCCUGGAUGCUUUCGGCGGUGGGCCGACCGCCAUGGAUACGUCCAGCGAUGUUUGGGGCGAUUCCUCUGCAACGGGGUCGGAGACAGCAGUGACAGGAUUCGGGGAAAGUGACGGGUUCGAUUCGUUCUUGAGCAUGACUGCACCUCCACCAGAACUGACUGUGAAGAGAACCGAGUCUGUAGAUUCGGAUGCGGGACCAGAUUUCAGCGUGUUCAUCAAACCGAAAGAAGGUGAUCAAUCUGGAAUCGAAGGUGGAGCUGUCCCUGUGCUGGCACCACCACCGAAGAGCCCUCAAAAUACCGCCUACGUCGAUACCUCGCCACGUUUCAACCCCUUCGACAAAUCUGGAUCUGCGCAAGACGCCAUUCCUACCACGGAAACUGUUCAACCUGAAAUCACUAGGACAGAUUCUCAGGAAACUCCUCCGACACCUCUGUUCGACGAGGAUGUUAGCCAACCUCUGGAAGACUUCCCGAGGGUAACGUACACUGGUGAUGGUUGGGAUAUGCAUCUACGCCAGCCUAACAAAAAAAAGAUAACUGGUCAACGAUUCUGGAAGAAAAUUUUCGUCAAGUUGGUUUAUCAAGGCGACAAUCCUGUGCUCCAAUUGUUCAACAGCAGAGAGGAUAAGGAUCCCUUCCAAGAAUUGCCCCUAGUUCCUUCUUAUUCAGUUUCUGAUAUCGGAGCGCAACAGUUUGAUCAGUAUGGAAAAAUAUUUACGGUUAAGUUGCAAUACAUUUUCUACAAGGAACGACCCGGUGUACGGCCUGGUCAGGUAACCAAAGCGGAAAGAUUAACGAAUAAGCUCAGUCAAUUUGCCGCGUACGCCAUUCAAGGUGAUUAUCAGGGGGUUAAGGAAUUUGGAAGCGACUUGAAGAAACUUGGUCUUCCUGUGGAACAUGCGCCACAGAUUUCCGAGCUGUUCAAACUUGGCUCCCAAUGCUACGAGGACAUGAAACAGUUCUCUUGCGCGAUCGAGGAAGCUCUGUUCAGAUUACCUGCUCAUCGAGAUCGAGCGCUUAAUUAUAAGACGGAGGAUGUGCAAAUAACAGUUGUAGAUGAACUAUACGUGGAACAGAACGCUCAAGGUCAAGUUGAGAAACAGAUAGCUCGUGUUCGAUUGUUCUUCUUGGGCUUCCUUUCUGGAAUGCCCGAUGUAGAGUUGGGAAUAAACGACAUGUGGCGUCAGGGGAAAGAAGUAGUAGGUAGACACGAUAUAAUUCCAGUGGUAACCGAGGAAUGGAUCCGUCUUGAAAACGUCGAAUUCCACUCUUGCGUUCAACAGGACGAGUAUGAAAAAUCUAGAAUCAUAAAGUUCAAGCCACCAGAUGCAUGUUAUAUCGAACUUAUGAGAUUUCGAGUAAGGCCUCCUAAAAACAGAGAGCUUCCUCUUCAACUUAAAGCUGUAAUGUGCAUUACCGGUAAUAAGGUAGAAUUGAGAGCCGAUAUUCUCGUGCCGGGUUUCGCGUCGAGAAAACUGGGUCAAGUACCUUGUGAAGAUGUGAUGGUCCGUUUCCCGAUUCCAGAGUGUUGGAUAUAUUUGUUCAGGGUGGAAAAACACUUCAGAUACGGAUCUGUAAAAUCAGCUCAUAGAAGAACGGGAAAGAUCAAGGGUAUCGAAAGAUUUCUUGGCGCGGUCGAUAACCUAGAACCUCAGCUGAUGGAGGUAACAUCGGGACAGGCAAAGUACGAACAUCAACAUCGUGCCAUUGUGUGGAGAAUGCCCAGGUUACCGAAAGAAGGCCAAGGAGCGUACACGACUCACCAACUGAUAUGUAGAAUGGCCCUAACCUCUUACGAUCAGAUCCCUGAGAACUUGGCCGAAUACUGUUACGUAGAAUUUACUAUGCCUGCUACCCAAGUAUCUCAUACAACGGCUAGGAGCGUUAGCUUUCAGAAUCACGACAGUGAUAAUCCACCGGAGAAGUAUGUUAAGAAUUUGUCGCGACACGAGUACAGAGUUGGAAUCGAACACACGCAAGGCGAAGGACCAGGAGCAUACGUAUCAGCGACUUACACAAGAAAAAUUCCUGAAACGACGCCUGAAACUCAAGGCGAAGCGUCGGACGCUGGCGCGGAAUCUGAUUCAGAUUCUUCCGAUUAAUUUCAAGUCGGUGGUAACCAUGUAAGGUAACCUGUAACACGUACGAAAUUUAAGAAGAAUUACUUGUUAAUGAUAAUAAGAUGUAUACAGAAAGCAGAACGAUGCCUGUGACUGGACGCGUGGCGUUUUACGAGUCGCAGCGUAAGUCGAAUGGAUAAUUUCUACGCGAUCAAGCACAACACGUUAUAAGGUUAAUCGCGUGUAACCUUAUAGGAAACGAAGAUAUAUAAGUAUUGAUAGUUCCGAACGCACAUCAGUAUUAAACAGUCAGAAUAAAUCGUUCGUGUUGGUUUUCAAGUUUUUUGAACGGCUACGACCCGCGAAACGCCUGGCGUCAUUGCGUGUUCAUGUAACGCAUAGCAGUUAAAUGAAAUGUACGUAUGAAAUGAAGUAAUUUGUAAGGGAGGACAAUACCGAUUUUACGUUCAGUUUAGCUUGCUAAGUAGUAAUACGCACUCGCGGUGAAGAGCUUUGCCUUGCUCAAGUUGCGCGUUUCAAAGACGAAUCAACGAUUUUUAGCUAUUUUAAAAUUCAGUAAACACUCACUUGUUACGCAUUACAUUAUAUUAUAUUGUUUAAUUCUAUAGUUUCGUCAAAUAAGAAUUACUUAUGUAUAAAUAUUUGUUCAUUUUAUAUUAAUUAUAUUAUCUUCUCUUGAAUUCCAUCAUCAAUGUAUUUAAAAUGUUUAAUUCGUUUGAUGACUGUCGUAUCAACACGAUGAUCAGAGGACAAUAGUUGUUAAUUAAGAAAGUCGUUAUAAUUCGGAGAAACGUGCAGCGCAUAUCUUAUCGUUUAAGCUUGCAGAUGAUCUAUAUCAAAUGUUAUCUAGUCGUUUCCAAAAAAUGUAGUUUAUCCUGAAUAAUCGUCGGUUAUUAGAAAUGUAAGUAAAUAAUAAUAAUGAAAUAGAUAUCGAGAGAAUUUUGCUAGGCAAAGAGCGAACAUAUAAUUUGUAUAAUAUUAAUGCGAGCAUGGGAGACUGCAAUUAAUCUAGUUUUUAAUAAUAUUUUGUUCUUGUGCGUGAUUAAAGGUGCAAGAAUAUGUUCAAACGCUUUGCGAUUCGAUAUAUUAUAACGUGUCAUAGAUAUAAGUUUUCGUUUCAUUUUCUUUUAUUUAAAAAAAAAAAAAAAAA